GAGUUCCACCGGUCGAGUUCAGGUCCAGCUGGAACUCAGGCUAGAGAGGAGAAGACCGCCUCUCACGAGUUCAGUUACAAUCGCGCCUUGGCCAUGCUGAAAUUCGCGGAGACUCGAGCAGGUGGCUCGGGCGUGCCCAGCGCCACGAGCUCCAUGCAGAGUUUGCCAGGGCGAGUGGAGGAGACCUUGCAGGGCCUGGCUCCGGUGAAGAGCUCCAAGAGUGGUAGCUCCGCACAGCGCUUCACGCGUGUUCCUCGUCUGUCGUUGGAUGGAGGUGGCGGUUAG